AAGCAUCAGAUUAUUGAGUGUUUCCUCCCAAGUCCCAACUUCAAAAAAAUAAAAAAUUACAACAAUUCUCAUUGUUUUUUAUAAUUCCAAGGGGAAUUUCUAGCUAUUUUAACUUUGUUCAAAACACACUGGUCUUCCCAAAUUCUUUGCCAAUUUCAUCAUAGUGUCGACAUGGUGUGCCCAAACAGCAAUCCAGUAGUACAAAAAGUGUGUGAAUUAUAUGACCAAAUCUCGAGAUUGGAGAACCUUAGCCCUUCCAAAGAUGUCAACAUGCUGUUUACAGACCUUGUGCACACGUGCAUGCCCCCUAAUCCCAUUGAUGUUUCAAAACUAUGCCCAAAAAUUCAAGAAAUCAGGUCUCAGCUCAUUAAGAUAUGUGGGGAAGCUGAAGGCCUUUUAGAGAGUCACUUUUCAAAAAUUCUUGGCUCUUUUGAAAACCCCCUGGACCAUCUUGACAUUUUCCCUUAUUUUGACAAUUAUAUCAAACUCAGCUUGCUUGAGUUCAACAUCCUUGCUAGAAACACUAAUAAAACCCCAAACAAAAUUGCCUUUAUUGGAUCAGGCCCUAUGCCACUUACCUCUCUUGUUUUGGCUACUAAACAUCUUACUACCACCUACUUCCACAACUAUGACAUUGAUGUUGGUGCUAAUUCAAUGGCGGCCGCCCUUGUGGCAGCCGAUCCUGACUUGUCCGAGCGGAUGACUUUCCACACGACGGACAUCAUGGAUGUCACGUGCGCCCUGAAGGACUACGACGUAGUCUUCUUGGCCGCGUUGGUUGGUAUGGAUAAGGAAGACAAAGUUAAGGUUGUUGAUCAUUUGGCUAAGUAUAUGGCUCCAGGGGCAACCCUGAUGCUCAGGAGUGCACAUGGUGCGCGCGCUUUUCUGUAUCCUGUUCUCGAUCCUCGUGAUCUACGAGGAUUUGAAGUGCUUUCGGUGUACCAUCCAACGGAUGAGGUGAUUAAUUCUGUGAUUAUAGCGCGUAAGUUGCCAUUGCCAUGUGUUCAGCCACUUGAUGGAUUGGGUUCCUAUGUGCUACCAAGCAAAUGUGCUUGUGCUGAAAUUCAUGCCUUCAAUCCACUCAACAAGAUGAACUUGAUUGAGGAAUUCGCACUGGAGGAGUAAAACUUGUCGCUUGAAGAAUAAUUGUCUAUGCUGCUAGCAUGUGUGUUUUUAAUUAAUGGUCUGAUUUAUGAGUUGAUUAUUAUAUGAUGUCCCUCAUAGAUAGAUCUGGAGUACUAUCAUUUCUGUUUUUUUUUUGUUGUUAGUAGUACUUUAUUGUAUCCCCUAACUGUUUGAUCGCCUAGCUAAUCAAGUGUGUCCCAUUUGUGUGUC